ACGGUCCUUGAAGGCAGCACCGGGUUCGGGCUACACCUCAGCCGGUUGAAAGAUGCUAAAGAUAAACACGUUGUUUUUGUGCUCGCGUGAAGAACAACACACGUUGAAAAACGGUGUCUAACGCAUCGGACUCACAAUGAGUGAAGACACCACGAUACGGACAUGUCAGCUCCUGGAUCUGCCCUGGGAAGAUGUCCUGGUCCCCCACAUCUUGUGCUACUUGCCCCUGCAGCAUGUGGUGAGUCUGCAGAGGGUGAGCAAGCAGUUCCACAGCCUCGCCCUGGUCUACCUGGCCAACUGCAGGACGUUCGAUCCGUCCCCGAUUGGACAAUGCAUUCCCAAGGAAGCGUUUUGCUCCAUGCUGAAGGACAGCAAAGUUCUCCAGAGGCUGUCUCUUCAGAACUGCUCAGACUGGGUGACGGACCAGGAGCUGCUGCCGGUCAUCGGCCAGAACCAGCAUCUGCAGAGAGUGGAAAUGAGCGGGUGCGUUUGGCUCACCCGGCACUCCCUGGUGGCCGUGUCGCUGAGCUGCGCCCACCUCCAGCACCUCGGCCUGGCGCACUGCGAGUGGGUGGAUAGCCUGUCCCUGCGCAGCCUGGCCGACCACUGCGGGGGGCUGCAGUCGAUCGACAUCACCGCCUGCCGCCAGCUCAAGGACGACGCAGUCUGCUACCUGGCCAAGAAGUGCUUGAAGUUGAGGUCUCUAACUUUGGCAGUCAACGCCAACGUCACUGACGAGUCGGUGGAGGAGGUGGCCAAGAACUGCAGGGGUCUGGAGCAGCUGGACCUGACGGGUUGCCUGAGGGUCAGAAACGAGUCCAUCAGGACUGUUGCGGAGUAUUGCCCAAAGCUCCAGUCCCUGAAGGUGAAUCACUGCCACAAUGUGACAGAGUCGAGCCUCGAUCCUCUACGGAAGCGCAACGUUGUGAUAGAUGUGGAGCCCCCAUUACAGAGGGCUCUGGUGCUUCUUCAGGACGUGCUGGGGUUCGCUCCUUUUAUCAAUCUCCAGAUAUAACCAAAGGGUCAUGAAUCUGCAGGACAUAGGUGUCUUCAUAUCAGCAGUCACACGCUCAUGAGCUGCUGUGAGACAAUCCGAAAAAAAUCCUGAAUGUGUUGCACUCAAGUUUGAAUGUGAUCAGAGAUACGUAUUCAAGAUGGUACUGAAAAUGCUUAAAUGACUGAAGAAAGCCAUGUACAUUUUAAAGAAUUGCUGCCUCAUGUCCAAAAUAUGUCACGGCACUUUUUUGGGGUGUUGUAAUAAUCUGGGUUUUUAGAAAAUAAGCAAUUCCGACCAAAGUUUAGUGAGUGUGUUGUAUUGUAUGUACCUUGUGUACAUGAUAUUGUGAGAGAGAAAAAAGACGCCGUAAAACGUAUGUUUCAUUUAGAAGCAUUAAAAAAGUUGAAUUAAACAUGAUUGAGUUGAAUUAAACGUCUAAUUUUGCAUGUUAAGUGUCCAUUUAAAGAUAACAGUUUUUAUUAGUCGCGUUUUUUUUUUAUUAUCUUCCUGUCUGAUACCUCUGCCUGCCAUCACAACACAGUGAAGGCGCUUUGUUUGUUGUGUAGAUCAUGGGUCUUCCAGGAAGAAUGUCUCCUCAGGAUCAUCAUCAGACCUCAUUGUUUACAGUGCUUAAAUGUUUCCUGAUGAAAACUGUUUUAAGCAACAGUUAUAACAAUUCAAUCAAGUCUUAAUGGCUAAAUGAUGCUGGGGUAACUGGGAAUGUUUUGUUUUGUUUUGUUUUGUGUGAUGCAACCCUUUAAUCUACAUUAGUAACCUGAAUGGCAUUCUGUUGAGAGAGUAUCUCCACCAAGGCCCAACAGUCCCUUAAUUAAACCACAAUUAAAUACAUUAGAUCCAGAUUCUUAUUUGGGUCUGCACCAAUUUGCAAAUGGUUAUAAAUGUAUCAUUCCCCUUAACGUCACUUUUUUUAUCACUAUCCAUUAAUUGUUCCAGGAGAAAUCCAUGAAAAUGUAGAGAAAUGUUAUAGGAAGUAUAAAAAAAUUGUAUAUAUUGGUUUCUUUUUUUCGUGCACUGAUUGCUGGUUGUACAUCAAAUUGCCCUUGAAGGAUAAUAAAGAUUUUCUUUUAUGGACAACUUUA